AUGUCUCUCCGGCAGAUCCGCAAGCUCCGGGCAUCCCGUCAGGGGACUCCGGCAGACCCUCUGCAGGAAAAUCCGCAUUCCGCGCGCUCCAGCGAGUCUUCAGGUGAAGAGUCACUGCGUGGAAGUUUUCCCUUCCCGCAGAGCCGACCGAGGUCUGCGUUUUUAGCCGCCGCAGGAGACAGCGAAGAGGACAGCGAAGAAGACAAAGGGAGUGAGGCCCCGAGGCCGGCGACCGGCGAGGAGACGGCGGCGGGGAGGCGCGAGGCAGACGAGAAGGGAAAGACAGCGGGAGGCGAUGCUUCAGGGAGAGGCCAGGAAGCAGAGACUGAUGGAGACGAGAUCGCAAGUCGUGAGGCGGCAGUCGGCGAGACCUCGCCCCCCAGGAGACAGAAAGCGAGUUCCGCUGGAAAGAGGAAAAGAAAGAAAAAGACGCAGCUCUCUCCUGCAAGGGAAGGCGCUGAAACCUCACUGACGGGCCCUCAGGGCUGGCAAGAAAAAGAGAAAACGAGGGAUUUCAACUCCAGGGCAAAUGCCGCCGACGAGCUCGGGAACCGAGACUCCAGCACACCCCACAAGCCGGCAGGGACGUACUGCCUGGCCAUGGAACGCGCCAUGUUCGACACAGAAGUGGAGCUGAAGCGCAUCUUCGGACGCGAAGUCGCUCGGAACCUCGCCGGGAACGCUCGACACAGUCAGAUUGUGUGCGUGUGUGGGGGCAACGCAGGCACUCGGCGAGCGGGACCUACGAGCAGGCGAUUUUGGUUGAUUCCCGAUGCAGAAGAGGGCCCGGCAACCCACGAGUACGUGCGGAUGGUGAAGGAAGACGACGAAGCUGCGGGCACGGUCGAGUUCGCUCUGCAGUACACGCCGUAUUACGAGCAGCUUCAGGACGCCUUCCAUGCAAUUCUACACUCCCACGAUCCGCAAAACCUUCAGCAGUUUCUCCUGCGUCACCCGAGACACAUUGAUGCCUUGCUGCAGAUGUCUGAGGUCUACCGCAUGCGGGGCGAGAAUGAGACUGCGACUGAGCUGUCAAAGAAGGCUCUCUGUGUUGCCGUCGACACGCUAAAUCCGUUCAACAAGAACCUCGUCAAGUGCAUCGGUCUGUAUGGAGCAGCGCUGGCCGACCAGGGCUGUUACCGAACCGCACUCGAAGUGACCAAACUCUUGGUGGCUAUGGAUCUGCCCAGGGAUGCCUUCCACGCCAUGCUGCAUCUCGAUUACCUUGCCCUCCGGUCGCGGCAAUGGCAAUUCCUUCAGCAUUUUUCCCAGACCUUUGUGGAGCAGCAUCUGGCAUACGUGAUUCCCCUCGACCCACCCUCAGAGCGGGGCCAUCAAGACUCUCGGGAGACACUGGUGUCUCGAAAGGACGAAGAUUUGAAACUCGUGGACCUGGCGUUCAUGCUACCAAAUUUCGCGUUCUCAACGGCACUUUCUAUCGCACUCCACGCUACCCAACGAGAGUGCUCGGAAGACAUCAAGACGAUUACGGCCGACGAACUCCUUGCUGUCUGCAUGCCGUCCACCAGGGAGAGACAAACUGGAAACGAGAGCCAAUUGCACCACCUCCUGUUGAUGCGUGCCAUACUCCUCUUCCCUGCCUUCGUCCGGAAGCUGCUGCAGAAGAUUGGUGUUAAUGGAUCUCAGAAGGUAGCAGAGAUAAAGGAAUUCGCACGGCGGUGGUCGCGUUCCUCUUUCCUGUUCGAUGUGAGCCGGUACAAGGACGUCCGGGUGUCGGAAUUCGAUCGGAUCCCAACCCCUCCGGCAUUUUUGAUGGAUGCCCAUCACGCGGUGACUGAGGCUGGAGCAGGGCACCGAAACAGACGAGUGCAGUACGUCUCCAUUAACUCUAGCCCGAUUAUCAUCUUCUUUGAGACUCUUCUCCCGUGGACAGAGCUCGACCAGACGGGUCUUAGAGCCGAGCCACAGCAUGUGAGCGUUUUGGCAAGAUCACUUCUUUCUGCUCUCUGCGAGAUAGCGACCUUCGCGUGGAAGGCAGUUCAAAAUCUUGGUCCUUUUAUUAGGCGCUGGCUCGCAGACUCCAGUCCUCGAACCAUCACCCGCGUCCCAUCGAGCAGUGACGCGCCCCACGUUGGGAACGCACCCUCAGUCCAGAACUGA